AUGGCCGCACGAGAAUCUGGUAGAAUAAAAGAUGCAUAUCAAAAGAGAGUGCUUGAUGAAGCUGCUCGUAAACGCAGGCAAAAGAAAGCAUUGGAGGCUUUGGAACAAGAUAAUUUUCACGAUGAUCCUCAUGCUGAUUUGGUCAUGAGCAAGAAAGUUCCAAAGUUUCAAGAGACUUUAGAUAACAGAGGUGGCAGGAGGAAAAAGACCAGAUCGGCAGAAUAUUAUAAACAAAGAUUUCGCAAAACAUUUGCUCAGUUAGUAGAGGAGGAUCUCAAUAUUAAUCCAAAUUCACCUAAUUAUGUAUCUGCUCAAGCUCCACCAUCUAAGUUUCCUGAACGACAAUUUUGCGCAGUUUGUGGUUUUCCUAGCAAUUAUACAUGUAUUCCCUGUGGAGCUAGGUACUGCAGUAUGAAGUGUUUAGGUACCCAUCUUGACACAAGAUGUUUAAAAUGGACAGCUUAAACUGUCAUGUGAUUUAUGGUUCAGUUUUAUAUACAAAACAUUUCUUUUUUCUACCAUAAGCCUAAUAAGACUAAUGUAUAUAAGAAAACAAUAUUCAAUAAAAUUGUAUAUUUUUCUAUUGA